UGGAUCUUACUGUCACUCUGAGCAUUUGAAGCUGCUCGUUAGUUUAGUUUUGGAAACCACACAAAAUCUUGAAAUAGCCCGAAAUGCCAGCGGGGAAGUGCGGUUGCUUGAAGAAGGAGGCUCGCGUCCAUGUCAUCUACGUUGGUGGAACCAUCGGAAUGAUCCGCAACGAGUCCGGAGUACUGCACGCCGUACCCAUGGUGCUGGGUCAGCAGCUUCAGGAGUUUCCCAGCUGCCACGACAGGCAUUACAAAAACAAGGUGGAUGACUGUGGCAUGAUGGUGUUACCCGCUGUGUCUGGUGCUCCGUAUAGAGUCCUUUACGAUUUGAUUGAGUUCAGUCCACUGGUGGACUCCAGCUGCAUGGGCUUCUGCGACUGGAAGCGCAUUGCAAACGAAGUGGGAAGAUCAUACAAUUCCUACGACGGCUUCGUGAUCCUCCAUGGAACUGAUACCCUAGCCUACUCCGCCUCGGCACUAGCUUUCAUGCUGGAGAGCCUGAACAAACCCGUGGUAUUUACUGGAGCACAGAUUCCGAUCUUUGAGGCUCGCAGCGAUGGUCGUGAGAACUUCCUGGGCGCACUUCUGAUAGCAGGCAAUUACAGUAUACCCGAGGUGCUGGUCUUCUUUGGCAACAAGAUUCUGCGUGGCUGUCGCUCCACGAAGCUCAGUACGGACUCCUUCCAUGCUCUGGACUCACCCAAUUUGGCACCAUUGGGUCGGGCGAAUGUCAACAUCGAGAUAAACAGCCGCCAAAUCUUCCGGCCAUGCAAUAUUAAGCCGUUUUCGCUUCAAUCGGAACUGGAAAAGAACGUGGCUCUGCUGCGAAUCUAUCCCGGAAUAAGUGUCAGUGUGGUGCAGGCAAUACUGAAGGAUCCAACGAAAGGUGUGGUUCUCCAGACCUAUGGAGCCGGCAACUUUCCGGUGAAUCGUGAGGACUUGCUGGACGAACUCAGGGAGGCUGUACACAGAGGCGUCAUUAUCGUCAACAUCACGCAGUGCUCGGCGGGCAUGGUGGCUAACAUUUACGAGACGGGUCAGGGGCUGCUCGACGUGGGCGUGAUUCCCGGCUACGAUAUGACUCAGGAGGCCGCCUUUACCAAGCUGGCCUAUGUGCUGUCCAAGCCGGAGUGGGACAUUGCCAACAAGAAGAAGGUGAUGCUGCUGAGUCUGCGCGGCGAGCUGACCACCAAUAAGGUGGCCAAGAUCAACGAUAUUGACCUGAUCGAGGGCGUGGCCCGCACAUUGCACAUGUCCACGGCGAUGGAACGGCAGCAGAUGUGCUCCACGUUCUAUCCCGCUUUGGUGGCGGCCGCAGUCACCGAAGGUGAUGUCCACAAGUUGGGCGAUCUCAAGCAGUACGGCGCCAAUCUGUGCGACACAAACUGCGAUGGGCGCUCCGCCAUGCACUUGGCCUGCUUCCUGGGCAAACUGAAUUGCGUCUGCUUCCUGAUCUCCGCCGGUUGUCCGGUAAAUGUCCACGAUCGAUUCAACCGCACUCCAUUGCACGAGGCCAUCGACACGGACAACCAUGACAUAAUAAAGACGCUCCUCAAGAACGAUGCCAAGCUCAACGAUCCGCCGCUGGUCCAGGCGGAGCUACUGCGUGCCCUUACCGAGCGGGCUAAGAUCAAGCGAUUGGAGUCAUUCCGGCUGGCCGGUGCCAAUCUCACGCUGGCCGAUCGGACAGGUCGAACCGCGCUGCACUACGCCUGCCAGUUGGGCAACCACGAGGUGGUCGAAUAUCUGCUGCCGCACUACGAGAAUCCCUACAUCAAGGAUGAGCUGGGCAUGUCGCCCAUCGACUACGCCAAGGCAGCCAAUCAUGCCCACAUCCUGACGCUGAUGCGAUUCAAGGAGAAGGAGCUGGCCAAGCAAGAUCCGUGUUCCUGUACGAAUUAGAAGAAGGCACUGUUGAAAGCUCCUAGUCCAAAAUUCCAAAUUAAAGACCAUUCUGAACCGCU